CAUGGCCGAGCCGAAAAUCAGUAAUAAUCAAUUAAUAAAAUAAAUAAUAAAAUUUUUUCAAAAAUUUCAAGCUUUGAUGGCGUUCGAAUCUCGAAAGCUGUAAAUGGUUACACACUUUAAAACACUUUGGAGCCACCCCCUUCCUUCUUUGAUGGCCUUAGCAAUUGACGUUCUGUGGGAAACACACCAUACGACGCCACUUUCCACUUCUCUCCUGGAACCCACCUGAGAAAAACCAAAGAAAGAAAGAGAGAAACGAGCUUUUUUUUUUUUUUUUUCAUUUCCAUCCUCCUCAUGGGUUACUUCUCUUGCAAUGCAGAGUCAGCCGUUGGCAUUUGUGAUCCUUACAACUGGGAUUAUUAUCCUGGAAGAAAAUCCAAGAAAAACAAGCCCAGGAAAACCAAAAACCACGUUGAGAUCAGACAGUUUCUUUACGCUGAUCUCCUUUCCGCGACCAAAGAUUUCUCUUCCGACAGCUUCCUCGGCAAAGGCAGUCACGGUUCUGUCUACAAAGCCGUCCUGGAUAACGGUAAGUUAAUCGCAGCUGUUAAAAAAACGACAACAAACUGUAACAGUCCCGCGGACAAUGAGAUUGAGAUUCUCUCCCGAGUUCAUCAUCCUCGUCUGGUCAAUCUCAUUGGUUACUGUUCCGAUACCCUUUGUAAGAAUAAAUUAAUCGUCGUGGAAUAUAUGCCAAACGGUUCUUUAUACGAUCUUUUACAUUCUUCUCCUUCUACAGCGCCAGGUUGGUCCAGGCGUGUUCGGUUCGCUUUACAGGUUGCAAAAGCGGUUCAGGCUUUACAUUCGGCUAACCCGCCGGUGAUUCAUAGGGAUAUUAAAUCGUCAAAUGUUUUGAUUGAUCAGAAAUGGAAUGCGAGGUUGGGUGAUUUCGGGCUUGCAUUAAGAGGACACAUGGAGGAUGUACGGGUUAAGUGCACGCCACCGGCCGGAACGUUAGGUUAUCUUGACCCAGGUUAUUUGGCUCCAAGUGACGUCAGCACCAAAAGUGAUGUUUUCAGUUACGGCAUUUUGCUAUUGGAGAUUAUUAGCGGAAGGCAUGCCAUUGACUUGAAUUAUAGUCCGCCGUCCGUCGUUGACUGGGCGAUUCCUUUGAUCAAGGGAGGAUAUUUCGCCGCUGUUUGCGACGAUGGUGUCGGGCCGCCAAUGGAUAAGGAGGUGAUCAGGAGUUUGGCAAUGUUGGCGGCUAGGUGCGUGAGAUCAACGGCGGAGAAACGGCCCGGAAUGGGGGAGGUAGUGGAAUUUUUGAAGGUGGUGAGGAAAAGAAUUCAUUCCGGACCUGUUUGGAGUAACCUAAGGCCGUGCAUGGAACGUUUGGAUAGCCCGUUGGUUAAGAACCAGGUGUUUGAGGGGAGCGAGGAGGUGGUAACGAGUUCGAGGUGUGGAAGUAGAAGAAAUAGCCGAAAAGUAUCGAGUGUGACGAGCGUAGAUCACGAUAGUGAAGUGAAUGGUGAUCGUGUGGUGAGAUCUAAAUCGAUUGAUUCGAUUGGGGAGGCAGCAAUGAUGAUGAAGAUGGAGCCCACAGAGAUUGAUUUGGACGGUGACCAAGUGGCAUUGGUAAGAAAAAAGCCUGAAGUAACAGUGAAAAUGCCAGUGGUCAAGCUGAUCAAGUCGAGGUCUAUGGGAGUUCUGCAAAGUCCGAGACUAAUGAAUCAAAGCAGCAAAAAAUACCUAUUCGAAAUUGGGAAAAGAAGGAAUUCGAAUGAAUUCGACAUCUCAAAGCUGGUUAUCAGUUUUAAUGACGAGCAAUCCGAAAGAAAGAUGUCAGAAAAACCCUUGUGUUUGGUUUAGAUAUUUCGAAGACAAAGAUUUAAUGUUGUCUGAUAAUGGAUUUUGACAUACAGAAGGAAGGAAACUGUCCAAACUCCAAAAGGGCAGGGGCGGUGUAUUUUUUGGGUUCUUGCUGCAAAGAAGUGAGCCCUGGAAUCCAUCAACUUACAACUCGUUAUCCUGGAAGAGUAUUGUUGAUUAAUGCUAAAUAUUGAAUGAGCGAUGAGAAGAGAUUUUCAUUAGCCACGGUAAAAAUUGCUUUUCACCAUCAUCCAAGUGAAACUUAAGAUUGUUUUCGUUCAGAAAUUGAAG